AGUUCAAUUUGCUCGACAUAAUUCGGAUGAAUACUUCAUUUUCGACUUCCUGAUCCUGCUCCAAGCUAUUCAACUUGUUAGCUACAACACCCAAUUUGUUCCUACCUCCUUUGAUUUUCCUUGUACUCUCUAGAUUCUUCAAAAGGUCAUUCUGAUUCCACCUCUUGGACGCCUUCGACCUCACCAAUCGCACUGACAUCAUAAUGGUUUUCUUGUAUUGAAGUUGCUAAAUAAAGACAAAGAUAAUGACGGAGGGUUCAGGUUUUUUUCGGAAGUUGGGAAGUGUGACGACUGGCCGUCAUACCAUGAUGGACGGAUCAGGACUUCCUCCUCCUCGGGAAUUGCGUGUCCACAGAGUCAGCACUGCCUCGCGCUACCUCCCUAGCUACACGCUUUUCUUAGGUGACGAAGACGGCGACGCCGAUGACGAUGAGGAUCCGGAAGGCUGGACGAACGCUGAUGGAUCUCCCGCAGACCCGAACAAGCCGAGGUCUUUCUUCCCGCCUGGCAUGCCGCAGUUGGUUGCCAUGUUGGAGCUGCUGUCUUUGGCUCUGAACUUGUUUUUCAGCCUGUUUCUAUUGCAACCGGCUUUGAUUUACACACUGCUGCCUCGCGGUGGGCUAUACGAUGGAACAGCGGUCGUCAAUGCUAUGUACUCCCGGCUUCCAGGUCCUAUACAAGCGGCAAAAGAAAGCUUCGGAACCGCAGUGGGACCUUACCUGGGACACUCAGUCAUUGAGGUACUAAAAAUAAGAAUUCUCGUGGUCAUGAUACUAGAUUUUGUGAACACCAGUGUUUCUGCUCUGUCACUCGAAUCUCUUCAUCUUUCUUGAUAGAUGAAGUACCUGCAUCCAUUAGAAGCCGCAAGCAGUAUUACAUCCCACAACUACGUUUGGUAGAUUGCGUCAAUUUACAAUCUUGUCGAAAAAUUAGACUGAAAGUUAAAGGAUUAUUGAACCACUGCAACAGUCUGUCCUUCCACUCCCGUUGGUUCCAUAUGUCGCCGAUGCAUGGAAUUCCAUUACGCUUGUCAACACACUGGAACUGGUGAACCCGCGUGGACCUACCUUCGCCUCGUCAGCCGAGGAAAGCAUCCUAUUUGCAAACUUGCAAUAUUUUGCCGCAGUCCAGGUACUUCUACAAGUUCUUUAGCGUUGUGUAGAUCAACAUAGAGUAUCGCGUAUUUCUGUGGAUGAGAUGAAGAUCUAUCAUGAACAUGAUGAUGAUCAUGAAAGAAUUGAAGUGAUUUCUGCGUAAUAAGCUUCGUCAUCCGUCUUGAGCAUGUGUUUGAUUCUAUUUAGACGAUUUUAAUCGGUAAUAACUGAGAAUGACUCUCCUCGAAUUGGAUGACCAUCAGAUUUUCAUCGGUGUUUUUCGUGCGUACGGACUGUCUUCCGCGUCGUCAUCACUGCUGAAGUUGCUUCGAAUGGGCAGUUUGCUGACAGGAACUCUGACCCUCUACGUUGGCAUGGCUGGCAGCUACGACCUACCAAGGAUCGCCGGCUCUUCGUUCGCGUUUUAUCUGAUCGUCAUCCCGGAGAUUAUCAUACCAGAGGUAGCGCUGUUUACGCAGUGGGCUGAACAAAAUCGCCUGCCAGAAAAGAUUGGGGAAUCGCGCGAAGCCAUGUUUCUGAGCGAGUUCUUCCUCGGCCGCAGGAUGAGCACCUCGAAGUUGCGAACCUCGACGGCGGGACAAGGGAUCACGAGCAUUGUAGACAAAGCUCCCGUUUCGCCUGAUGCAAUUAUCUUGGCGGAAUUGUUCAAACUCGGUUACGGACUGCAGUGUGCUAUCGAAGAUUUUCUCCUUCUCUUCUUCCAGGCUCACGUUUUUGUUGCUUUGGUAAUUUCCUACGUGCUAGGAGCAUUGCUUUGGCACGUUUUGAGCAGUUCGUUAUUUCUUGACAAAUAUUUGCCCACGUUGGUGACGAUUUCGCGUGUCGUUUUUGCACCGACGGCCGCACCGAGUGGCACAGCAGACUUGCUGCCGCUGACCAUGCUCCUCCAGGUUAUUUUGGUUAUGGUCUGGACUGCCGCAAGUGUCCGUGCGCAUCGCAUCCUUGCCGACCGCCAAACUGCUGCGCAGAUCGUGCAGGCUGCCAAGCAACGAGCGAAGCAAUCCACAAUCAUUCUUGCGCAACAGGAGGACAUUGUAAGUACUACCAGCAAGCCCAAGCCUCCUGCUCAGGCAGAGACAAAUUAUGUUGAAGAAAUGGAUCUGAAAGCUGGCCAGCUUGGUACUAGUAUCACACCUGUGGCCGCACAAGGUGAAAGGAUCACGGUUGAAGACGAUGAUGUGGAUCUCAUUUCUGAUUCGUUUCAAGGGGGUGCCAAGAGAGCAAAUAAAGCAGGGCGAUUUGAUCUGCGCGAAUCCGAUGGAGGAUCCGUGGUCCUUGCAACCGUAGAACCGGAGCGAGCGGGCAAGCAGCAUCUGGUGCCGCCCCUCAAUCUGAACGAAAUGAAGAACUCGAAUCCAGGAGCAUUUGGCAUGUCCUCUUCAGGCAAGACGAACACCAGCACAGCGACAAGUGGUAAACACGCUCCUUUGCGGUCUCAGCUUACAAUACAACCAACGAUGAGUGAGCCCGCUUUCAACGCAAACAAUUACGCUUAUAGGUCCGCAGACAGUAUGCUCGCAGGUAUCCUUGAAGACGACAGCAUACGCGCAAGCAUGGUAAGAGCAAGCGCUAAUGAAUCGAAGUCAGAGGAACUAUUUUCGGGAUUGUCGGAACCUCCAGAGGCGCCACGCAGCGUGGCAUCGAAAAAAUCUGCAAAAGCGGAAGACGUCGGUCCCGGGCCGACGACACCUGCCGGUAAAGAUGUGAAAAGCAGCAUGGCACCAGCGGCCAUGAGACUAGCGUCACCGCGUGGUGAAAAGGUCACGGACGUUCCGGAGGAUACGAACAAAGAAGAUGAGCCGCCGCUAUCUCCGAAGAGUUCAGGUGCAGUGGCCAACAAAGUCGCGCAGAUAGAACAUGCCGUCGCGAAACAGAAACCAGCGGCAAAGGCGAAAGCAAGCAACAACAAGAAAGCAAGCAACAACAAGAAAAAAAAAGGAGCGGCAAAAAAGGCAGAGGAUAUGACGGGAAGCAGUCCUAGAGGAUCACCAAUCAUGACGUCAAAGUCUGCCAAAGACGACGACAAUGCCAACCAAGAAGACGAUUCUCCGGAGACGUUUCCCGGCAGAGAGCUUGACUCGCCCAUGGAAAAUGGAAGCCUCAAGCAGAUCAACCGUGGAUCGCAAAAGUUCGGAACAAUCGAUGCCCCGUUCGGGAUGGAGAAAAUCCACUAUCACGGACACGAUGUCGGCAGACAUCUUCUGUCGCUAGCACUCAACGCGGACGGAGGUAACGGGUCGAUAACAGGUGACGUGACCGCACGCAGCUCUCUGGGAAGCGUUCAGCGUCGUCGAGGCGAAGGUGAGGCCAUGGAGGCUGGCGAUGGGCUUGGGCAGACGGCUAUGGCUCUCUCGGGGACAGAUUUCGUCACACGUGCGGGAGGAGGCUCCAAGAACACCGCUGGAGGCAUUGUGACGUUGCCGGACGUCGACUCGUCCGAAUCCGAGUCCUCCGACGGCGUACACAAGAAGGCGUACCACAAGCAGAAACUGAAGACCUGUCUGCUCGGAGGCAAGAACCCAAAGGCACACAAGCCACACGUGCAUAAACAAAAGCUCGCUCAGCGAUUCAGCCACGGAAAAGAGCACCACUCCCAUGAGGAUUUUCGGCGACGGUCAUCGGAAACCCCACAUGCAUUUGGGCGACCACCUAGCAAGCCGUCUACCAGCAAGGGCACUGUUGCGCCUGACAUCUUGUUCGGAGCUUUUCCGAGCAAGAGCACUAUGAGUAAUGGUCCCGGCUUCCUGUCACCUAUGGUCACGGCACGUACGUCGGUUUCGGUAUCGUCUCCGAUGGGCACGAACACUGGUUCGCUGUUGACCAGACUGGAAAACGAAGCCGCAGCGUCAAUGCAGAAGAACGACGAGCGACUGGUCUUGGACGGCAAUUCUAGUCUCGAAUCACACGCGGGUCUGCAUUCUACACAAGAAAAGAUUAGAAAAAGCAAACGUGGGCGUCAUGUCGAUAUGGAAGAGGCUGUUGUACUAGGUCCUGAGGAGCGCGUGAAAACCAUCAUCAAAGAGGAGCUGGAGCGAUUGAGCCUCUCAGCGCGGAAGCGAUCGAGUGACGACGACGAGGACGACGACGAAGAAGAGGACUCGUCUCCCGAAGUAGAUAAACGUGCUGACUCACCGCAGAAAAGGCCGCGUGCCGUAGCGGAGGGAGAAGCGGCUGCAAACCCCUUCCACGAGCAAGGAGGACGAGGCAAAAGGAAGAGACAAAAUAGAAAUAAGCGUGCCAAAGUAAAGGCCAAAGCCGAUGGCACUAGUGCGGGGCAAACCGACGAAUUGCUUGGGACGCUGUUAAUUGAUGACAACUUGCUUCUCGGGGCGGCCACGGCAGGGUCAAGCGGUCCGUCUGCGCCGUCGAUUCAGGCAACUGAAGACGUAGAACUUCGAGCGUCCGCUGUCGAGGUAGAAAACAAAACUAGCCAGAGGUCGGCUUCGCAGUUUUCUCGUGGUUCGCGCGGUGCGCCCAUUGCCAUCGAAUCCUUUGUAGACUCGCCGCUGCACACAGCCGCAGUGAGUGCAUCACUUCCUUACAAAGUUGAUAGCUCUGGACAGUCGGCACAAGAUUUUGACUCGUCUUCAAAGAACAUCCCGCCCGUCAAGACCACGCUAACCACUGUUCCCAGUCUAUCGACGACGUCUUCUUCGGAUAGCGUGAGAAGCCAUAUUCAUGGUCGCGAUUACAGCCAACGGGUGCUCGAUCCCAAUCUGGUUGUGGAUGCGGGAAUGGGGUACGUUCGCGAUACGAUUGCCACCUCCUUGGCAGGUACCGCUAGCGUAGCUUACGAUGACGAUGCACGCCGCGGGUCGCCAACGAUUGCGCCGAGCCCAAGUCGCAACGUCGCUGCUUCGAUCUUCCCCGGAGUUGGUGCUCUUCGCUUUUCUUCACUCACACAGCAAGUCGGGGCUGAGGAGGAGGAGAUGGCAGGCGCAGUGGAUGGGCCGCGUAGCAAGGCUGAUUACUUGAGGAUGCGAGACUACUUGGUAACGCAGUUCGCGGAUGAGUUGUCCUUGAAUGGUAUGCAAAAGGCCGCGUAUCAGACUGUAAUCGCAGAGGAACUGCUGCGGCAGGACCGCGUGGACCAAGGGCUCGUGAUGAGAAGCCAGGGAGACAGGAUUUCCGCGAUGUCGAAUGAUGUUAUUACUGGCAUGGAUCAGAGUUUUAGAGCGUCGCGCCCAACGGUAGAUCCAGUAGCAAACCAAGCGGCCUCGCCAAGGGAGAUGAUGAGGCGAGUGCGGGAGAGCCGCAGUGUCGCCGUGUCACGGGCUAUGACCACCGGGCUCAAGGUCCGGGAAACGACUCGAAUUGAAGCUGCAGUGCGCUCCAUUCGUGAAGAGCCGGAUCGAUUUGUCACCUUACGACUUCCGUCUAGGGGCGACACAAACCUGCUGCUUCGGAAUUCUACUACACGAGGAGGCGGAAAUAGUUUCCGUGUGAGCACAUUUGGUCAGGGACGGCUGACUGUACAGGUUGAAGAGAACUUUCCGAUUGCGCACGUAGGCAUCCGUAGUUUGGUAUCCUUUAUUUGUGUCCUCAUUAACGCAGUACACUUCCCGAUGCACGUCAUUUUGUCGUGGACACACGCAGUCCGCGUUUCUCUUAUCGCACAUUUGGGUGUCCUCGCAGUGCUUACAGGACCACGCGUGCUCCCGGGUGCUCUAGCGCUCUUCGCGGACACCUUUCCUAGACAAUAUGCGAAGUUCGCGGGCGCUGUGAGUGCAGCGGAAUCAGCAGGUAGCGCUGCUGCAACUACGCCAGCUGGGGCAGCAUUCGGAACCUUGCUUGUGUACUUCUCAACCGUGACUUUUGUGGCAGUGUACACGCAGUUUUGGAAGCAGGUGACUGGUGUUGUCGUAGUCGAUGGCGAGCAACUGUCGUCACACUUCACGAGCUCGAAGGAAGUUAGGUCACUGCACAAGGCUACCAGGCAAGUCGUUGCAGCCCUCCCACGAUCACUUCGGAGUGCGAUCGCUGCGUCGCUUGCAGGCAUGCUUCCGAAGCUAACGGCUGGAUCUAGCUCAAGCUCCGUAUUUAGCGUGGAGUUUGGUCCCGAGGAUGUUAGGCGGUGCGGUCGAUGGCUGCAGCGACUUGGCGACUCAUUAAUGCCCUGGUCCGUGCUGCUGUGGACCCUAGCGAUGGAGGUGCAAUUUUAUAGCUCGACAAGGAGCAGCAGCGGAUCGAGGGGCCUCUCGGCUUUAGACACUUUUCAAUUGGGAGCAGCCUCAGCGUGGCAAGAUAUUUUUUCCGCGUGCUUUCUCUAUCUCAUUGGGUGGCUCUGGGAGCGGGCCGACAUGCAAAGCGGCUUUCGUAACGCCGUCGUAGUACUCGCCAGCUUUGCGCUGCCACUCUCGUACAUCAUACAUUAUUCAGAGUUAUAGAUUUAGUUAUAGUUUGACAUAGCCUGUCACUCCACGGGUAUUCCUCUUCUUGCUGAUGAUUGAAGAUUCAAAUGGUGAAUAAAUGUAGUGCACCUAGUGAAAGUGAUUAUGAUCGAGAAGUCAGAACCUGUCAUGAAAGGACAAUGGAAGGCUAUUUUCUCCCUAAGUUCGAUUUCCAUUCCCCUACAUCUAACUACAUUGAUUUUCUAAAUUUUUACAGGUUACUUCUUGGAAGCUUAGUGCAGAAGCAGAUGAUUCUGAUUGGAAGCGGCGACGCGUUAGCGCUACCCGCUUGGGCAGAGAUGUUUCCCGAUCUUCCAAAGCAGCCGAGGUCGUUAGGUUUCAGGUGUUGGAUCUAUGUCAUAUCAGCACUAGCGACAUGGUUACCAGGUGUAGCCGCGUUUGUGCUUUCGUACUCAAUGCUACGAAACACUUACAGUGCGCCAAUUCAGGGAAAGCGACUAGCAGGAGCUGGGCUGUGGAUGAUCGCGCUUAGUGGUACUCGAACGAUUACUUCUUUACACUAUUGCAGUAGUACAUCUUUACACCGAUGCAGUACACACAGGACGAUAAUGUUUACAGCAGAUUUGUUGUCGAUCGACGUAAUUUCUACUUCACCAAGUUCAUCCCAUUAUUAUUAUUUUUCGCUUGCUCCAAUUUCCGAUUAUAUUCCCGUCAGGUGUGAACUUGUUCUUAUCCCAUUACGUUGGUGGCGCCUAUGCUUUGGAUGUGAACAAUGAGAAGAUUCCGAUGAAGGUUUUUGCUUUUCUCCAUCGCGCUGAGUUCCUCAGCGGUUUGAUGCUCCUUCAUUUCGGUCUCCAACGUAUGAACCGCACUGAAUCUGGAUUCGAGCGUAUCCUGGCCUGCCUCUUCCCGACUACUAGUCCUCUGAUGUUGGUGACGGCGCUUUGGAUAUGCCUUCGACUCGUUGUCCAUUGCAACUUCUUUGACGUAAAUACCGGAAUCCUCCUGCCAGUUAUCCGCGGAAGGUCUGUCGGUGGAGGAAAUUCCUUUGCCACUUCGUGGUUCGGCGGUGGAGGAAGCAGCCCUUUGGCACAAAGAUCAAAACUUACGUGGACAGACUUUGUGCUCUAACCAAAAAGUUUGCGAGUUCGAAUCAUGCGUGUGAUCCAACUUCGUUCACGUAAUUCCUAUAUCAACAUCAACUCAGCUAGGUAGCUGGGUUUAGAAGUAGUCAGAGUCAGUUGAACAUGCGUAAGUAAUAGUCUAAUGAUAGAUAAUAUUUUUUUAUUUCUGGUUUGAGUGGAUAAAGAAUAACUUCUGUAGUUGUUGCCUCUGGGAGAGUACGUGAAAAAAUGAGUAAAAAAACAUGAUCAAGUGAGUAAAAAAAGUGGCUUUUCUAUAGGCGCUUUUUAACAUGAAAACAUCUGAAAAUCUAAGUAAAUAACCACCUUCCAUAACAGGACGUUAAAAUUUUUCCCUCUUAAGGUAAGAGGUGUGCUGCAAAUCUUGAUUGGCUUUUGUCUUUGAAAAAAGGCGAAGGUCUAGGUCCAGCGACGCUUAACGCACUAAAUAAUACAACUGGUUCGUUUUUCCUCUUUCUCUAAGUGCGGUCUAUCUCUUCAUGCAAUCAUAUUUUUUUAUUUCUCGUAAUACAUUCAUGUAGCAGCGCAUCGCGUCAGAUAUCAAAUGAAUACUUGUUCUCAGCCGUAUCGAUAUUUACGUGUAUUUCAGUUCGUUUUUCCAUGUCAAUAUUUAUUCAGGCCAAAUAUGAUUUCUUUGUAUUUAGCUAGUGGAAAAAUGCAGCAUUUAUUUUAUCAGGAAAAAAGCAGAUUAGAGUUGUCAGUUGUCGCAAUGUAGUAUAAUUAUAUAUCAGCAUGAUUAAUUUGAAUCUCGUCGCUGGAAUACUGAGCUGUACCAUUGCACAGGCGAAGAUUUUGUUGGAGCCGAGGAACAAGAGGCACAAUAAAAUCCUUCAUAGCAUGCUUAUCGCGAUUUUAUCAUGAAGGAAGUUUUUAGUAGCCACACUUAUAAAUAUGUCUCCAGUGAUUUUCCGACGAUAACCAAAAUUGCUUUUCAGAGACAGUGAUUUACGUUUACGAUCAAGUCAGAAUAACAAGCAUGACACACAUAGAUCGAACUAGGUUAGAUGUUGAGAUGGAAAAAGGCGGUUAAGGUUUUUUCCUUGUAAAUUGACUCCUUUUGUACAGAACUCUUGACUUUCCCCAUUUUGCCCACUAGGUAAAUAAGAUGAGUAACAAUGACGAGAAUGCAUUCCUUAAGUCUAACAAACUUCAUAUAGAACUAUUACCAUUACUUGUAAGUUGAGAAUGUUGUUCAGCAAUUA